UAUAUAUUUCAUGAUUUUCCUUCUUCCCGACCGGUACCACCAUCUUGUUUGUUUCAUCAAUAAAGAGAGUGUAAGACUUAAGAAACGAUUAAAGUUUUUAGAAGUGUUUUUUAUUUGUGUCUUAUAUACAGUAAAUUAUAAUACAAACUUUGAAUAUGUCUCACGGUGGUAGAAAUGAAUGUAGAAUUUAUGUAGGCAAUUUACCUCCCGAUAUUAGAACGAAAGACAUUCAAGAUCUUUUUUAUAAGUUCGGUAAAGUUAUUUUUGUUGAUUUAAAAAAUCGUAGAGGACCACCUUUUGCUUUCGUCGAAUUUGAUGAUCCAAGAGAUGCUGAGGAUGCAGUACAUGCAAGAGAUGGAUAUGAUUAUGAUGGUUAUAGACUACGUGUAGAGUUUCCAAGAGGUGGAGGUCCUAGUAAUAAUUUUCGUGGUGGUCGUGGAGCAGGAGAUAGUGGAAGAGGUGGUCGAGGUGAAAUGAGUAAUUCUCGAGGACGUGGACCACCUGCAAGAAGAUCUCAAUAUAGAGUUCUUGUUACGGGUCUGCCUCCUUCUGGUAGUUGGCAAGAUUUAAAGGAUCAUAUGCGUGAAGCUGGUGAUGUUUGCUUUGCUGAUGUUUUUAAAGAUGGUACUGGAGUUGUAGAAUUCUUACGAUAUGAAGAUAUGAAGUAUGCUGUAAAGAAAUUAGAUGAUUCAAGAUUUAGGUCUCAUGAGGGUGAAGUAGCAUAUAUUCGAGUGAAAGAAGAUCAUAACAGUGGCGACAGGGGACGCAGUGAAGAUAGGGAAAGAGGUCGAAGUCAUUCACGAAGCUAUAGUCCACGGCGUCGUGGUUCACCUACCUAUUCACCAUUGCGACGUAAUUACUCGCGAUCAAGAUCUCGCUCCAGAUCUCGUUCAUACGACUAGUGUGUACGUAUAUGUUUCACAUGGUAAUAUAAGUAAAGGCUUAUCAAUAUUUGCUUUACCAUGUUUCAUUAUUACUGAUUUAAAUUUCACUUAAAGACACCUUCCAAUCCAAACCAAUUUUGUACAAAUUAUAAAAUUAUUUCUAUGUUGCUUGAAUUUAAUAAU